AUGUCAGAGAAACCUUUUGCUGUUGUUCCUCUGCUGUCCAGAGCUCUUCACCGCAUCCGUACAACUCCUCCGCGUAUUAUCGCCUCUCCACCAACCCAGCCUAGAAGAGCUGCAGUUUCAAUCCUCAUACGGGUCGUUCCUUCCCCUCACGCUCAGCCAGCAACGUUGUCUGCGCAACCAACACUUUCCGAGUUUUUUGAACUGGACUGGGUGAAAGAUCCUAACGCUCGCGCUGAGAUACUUUUUCUCAAGAGAGACACGCCGCUACCAGAAGAAACUGCUCACUCACAACCACAAGCCCACAAUCACAAUGAAGCUCAUGUAGCGUUCCCAGGUGGUCGAACAGAACCUGAUGAUGAGGGUGGCAUGUACACAGCUCUCCGCCAAACAUGGGAAGAAAUUGGCAUUGACCUCGCCGAAAAAGACUACUUGUCAAUUGGCCAACUCGAUGACCGCGAAAUCACCACUUCGCUUGGAAAACGACUCCUCAUGAUUCUUUCUCCUUUUGUGUUCCUUCAAGUAACACCAAAUACUCCAACUCCUGAUCCCGUACCGUCAACUACGCUGUACUGGGUACCUCUAGAAACCCUUGUGUCACCGGUCACCCCGCCGCAGUGGUCCCAAGUUACGGUUGAUGCCGCAUCGCGUCUUGCCCCAAAACAUUCAGUUGCUUUGAAACUCCUAGUUCGGGCUCUCGUAGGAAGCAUGGAAUUCCCCGCCAUAGUCCUGCACCCUUGUUCAUCGCUGCCCCAGACUUCCAACACGGAAGCUCCUCAGAUUCUCAAACUUUGGGGACUCUCGCUGGGAAUGACACUUGACCUGAUGUCAUACAUGAUUAUGCCUUUUCCAUCAUCGUCUUCUAACCUGGGAAUCAAAGCAGAUACCAAACAUGGACCGAGUUCCCGCGCUUCAUCACCCUUCUCUUCGUCGGUUAUGUACCUACCAUACCAUGGCACACCGGAGGGUCUGCGAAUGGAAGCCGUCGCACCGAGUUUGGCUUCUGUUUUCCCAAGGUUCUCCUAUCCCGAUGUGAAUUUCUGGAUUUGGGUAUUCGGUAAGCGCUAUCGUGAAGUUGUUCGUGGGUGGGAGGCUAGCAUUAGGUCGGGGGGCGUAAAUGAUCGACGGAUCAAUUGGUCUGGACAAGCGUUGAGUACCUUCUACGCUGCGAUCCGUAAAGCGUUGGUCGUCGUUAUCGUUGCCCGGGCGCUGGGCAUCCUCUUCGGACUGGCGUUCACAGGCUGGUGGAUAUUUCUAUCGUAA